AUGCGGUGGUUACCUCUGGCGGUGGCUGUCGCCGCCACCGUGACUCAGGUCACGGCAAAAGCUGUGUUUGCCCACUUUAUGGUUGGCAAUACCGAGAAUUACACAACAAGCGACUGGCUGGAUGACAUGCGUCAAGCCAAGAAGGCACACAUUGACGCCUUCGCCUUGAACAUGGCCUACGGCGAAGCGACCAACGAGAAGUCGCUCUCGGCCGCGUUUUCCGCCGCCGCGAGUGAGGGCAUGCAGCUCUUCUUCUCGUUCGACUACGCCGGCAACGGGCCUUGGCCCAAGGAAACGGUGAUGGAAUACAUCACCAAGUAUGGUUCGAGCAGCGCCUAUUUCCACCACAACGGCAAGCCUUUUGUCUCGACUUUUGAAGGGCCCGACCGGGCCGACGACUGGAUCGACAUCAAGAGACAAACGCCCUGCUUCUUCAUGCCCGACUGGUCUUCUUUUGGGGCCAUGAAGGCGAUGGCUGCCGGAGGCGGGGUCGCUGACGGGCUCUUUUCAUGGGCGGCAUGGGCCUGGGGAGACUGGGACAUGUACACGUACACGGAUGCUUCGUACGCCCAGUACCUGAACGGAAAGCCGUACAUGAUGCCGGUUUCGCCGUGGUUCUACACCAAUCUGCCCGGGUACAACAAGAACUGGAUCUGGCGUGGUGACCGAGCGUGGGGUGACCGUUGGAUCCAGGCGCAGUGGUGGCAGCCCGAGUUCAUCCAGAUUAUCUCGUGGAACGACUACGGCGAGUCUCACUACAUCGGCCCGGUUCGAAAGCACGCCAUGGCAGCCUUCGACAUUGGCAGGGCUCCGUUCAACUACGGGACGCUGCCUCACGACGCCUGGCGUGACAUCCUGCCGUUUGUCAUCGACAUGUACAAGAACAACGUCUCCAGGGUUGACUAUGAGCGAGCCGUGGCGUGGUAUAUGUUGGUCAACCCGGCGUACUGCGACCAUAACGGAACGGUCGUCAAUACCGCUUCUCAGCUGCAACAGGAAUUCACCCCCGAAGGGGAACUGGACGACAAGAUCCAUUUUACUGCAUUGCUGAACGGCAAGCCAGACAAGGUCGCCUGCAGCGUUGGCGGUAGGAUGAAGGACUGCAAGGUCUACCAGGGUCCCGACAACGACGAGCCCGGCAUGUAUCUAGGUGAAUGCGGCAAUGGGUUCGAGGGGCCAGUCCAGAUUACCAUCACGAGAGGCAAGACAGUCCUGGUCAUCAACGGCGAACCACGGCGCGGCGAAUCCUGCGGAGAAUGGAACGGGUUCACAAACCACAACGCGUAUGUGGCUGGUGCGGUAGCCCCGUCGGCCAUUAACGCGCAAGCGGCAGACAUCAGCCAGGCUGUCUGUGUCAACGGGACGGGCAUGGAACUCGUCAAAGACCUCUGCGAGUUCACGUGCUCGUUGGGAUACUGUCCCAAGACCGCCUGUGUCUGCUCUCGACUGGGCAAGCCCCCUACUCUGCCAAAGCCGACGGGCGUCCAGGGCUAUCCCACGAGCAACAUGGACGAAAGUGUGUCGGGGCUUUGUUCCUUUGCGUGCAACUACGGCAACUGCUCCGACUUUUCCGACUACUGCUCCACCAAGAAGGUGGCACUUGCAGUGCGGCCGGCCUCUCUUUUCGAACCCCAAUAUUGUGAUUCCGGCAGGGCGCGGGGAGGAGAAGAACGCUUUGAGCAGCUUUGUAAAUUCAGCUGCAGCCAUGGGUACUGCCCGUUCUGGGUGUGCGUCUGUGAAAUCGAGAAGGGAUUUGCCAACAUCCUUGACCCCACCAUACCAUCCAGGGCCAGCAUGAAGUCUCUGCCUGGCCUGCUCGACUAUGGCCUCUGUGGCUUCGCCUGUCAGCGUGGUUACUGCCCAACUGACAUUUGCUUCGAUGAUGGCGUGUACGACGACGACGAGGGCUGGGGCCCAGACUAUGACCCGAUUGAGGGAGAGUACAUGGAUUUCACGCCCAUCGAGGCGCUAAGCUGCGAUCCCGACAAGGCGCCGCGGACGUUGGACGAUCUUGUUAACGCGGUUGACACCGGGUCGAUUCCUUCCAUAUGCUGGAAUCAAUGGGCGCUGGAGAUCCUGCUCCAGACGCUUUUGGGCAUCGGAAGCGAGUAUCGAGAGAGCCUCAAGGGAUAUGAUAAGCUGUUUUCCACUUAUGAAAAAUAUAUCAGGGAGAGCGUCGGCCCGCAGCUGGAGAAGUUCGCCCAUCCAGGAAGUAUGAAGUCGCCCGGACUCAAGUACUUUGACUGUGUGGUGUCGAUAAACGGAAAGAAGUACUCGGACAAACAGGGUUGUCAGUACAUCGUCUUGGAGAGGCUCCCGGUUGAUAACUGGCACAUCGACUAUACCUUGCGUGAUGCAAAGGGGUUUUAUGCCGAGGUCGACGAGAAACUGGGAAUAGCGAAGGAAUGGAUCACUUUCGGCGAGUGGAAACUUGAGAAACAGUGCGACGACGACAUGUAUGGUGACGAUGGAGCUCAUAUCCGCACGGGCAAUAGACCAAAGCUCUGCAAACCGAAGGUCACGAGCAUGAGUAACUUUCCUAUAGCUAUCGACAAGGACAAAAUCGAGGUCCCCAACCCCAAAGUGGUGAUGGAGGCGGCCAUGGCCAACAUGACAAGUCUGGUUGACAGCCUGCUAACCGGGCACUUUCUGGUGGCUACCCACACCAACGAAGUCGAUAGCGCAGACAUUGUCACGGCGGCCAGCAUGCCCGUUUUCAUGCUACAACAAGCCGUUGACGCCAUGAACGGCAUCAAGAAGACGGGUUCCGAUAUCAUCAAGCAAAACAAGAAGAAUCUCAUCACGUUCAUCCUGAGCAUCGUGUUGAUGGUGAUCCCCAUCAUUGGCGAGAUUGGCGGAGCCCUGUUUGGUGGAAUGGCCAUGAUCGCACGCAUCAUUACCCUUAUCGACGUUGCGGGCAGCGUGGGAAUGACUGCCUAUGACAUUGUCGAGGACCCGGGGUCGGCGCCCUUUGCCAUCAUGGGCAUGUUGAUGGGAUUCGUAGGAGGUACAAGGUCCGAGAAGAGCUUGGCGGAUGCUGGCAAAGCACGCAAGGCCAUGCCUGACUCUGCCGUUGCAAAGCUCGGCAAAAUCUUUAGUGAGAAUGACAAGAAGGUUCAGAAAAUCAUCAAUGCCUGUACCAGGAAAAGGUAG